UUUUUGGGUGAAUUAACCAUUCAAGACACUUACAUAUGUCUGGAUGUCUUUACAUUAGAUACAAAAUAUCAAAACGAGUGUCAUUUAUUCUUAAGAUGCACAAACACACUUUACAAACAAAACAUUUGACGAAAAUAAGUUUAAACUAGUAGAUAUUAAACUCUGCCCUGUUUGUUUGAGCAAUGGAGUUUAACCAAUGGAGUGAAUUUGAGGCGGGACUAUCUGUUUAACUGACCAAUGACAGGCGAGAUCAGUGUCUUGGAAACAUGUUUGGAAACAAUCUUUAUUUUUUCAAGAGUUUUUGUAUUUUUAAAUAAAUGUAAACUGAACAAAUUUCUUUUGGUCAAAUGUUCUGAUUGCAAAGUGUGUCUGUGCAUCUUUCUUUACAGUAAAUAACACUUGCUACCUAAUGCAAUGACAUAUUAAUAAUAAUAAAUUAUUUUAGGUGGCCGCAGUAUGUUUUUUAACCUCAUGCAAGACGUUUUCUGUCAUUUAAUGCACAGACACGCAAAACACACAUUCAGCGCUGCAAACACUUCUUUGACCCUAAACCUUGAACGCGUUUGUACACUCUCUCUCUCUCUCUGUGUGUGUGUGUGUGUGUGUGUGUGUGUGUGUGUGUGUGUGUGUGUGUGUGUGUGUGUGUGUGUCUGGACCUAUCAGCAACUAAUGUGACCGAGGAGGAGGGAGAAACCAGGACACACAGUGGGAUUAACACACACACACACACAGAGAGAGAGAGCGAAAGAGAGAGAGAGAGAGGGAGGAGAUACGAGGCGCUCAGUUCACCAGUAGAUGGAGGGAGAGACAGAUGUGCUCAUGAGAGAGAGACAGAUCAUAAACACACAGAUGGAUGUAAGAAAGAAGAACACAGAGGAGUCUGAUCUCAUAGGAAUAUAGGAGAAACAGAACGAGUGAAUGAGAGAGAGAUGAGGAGAUGAAGAACAGUCCGUUCACCUACACAACACUCUUGUGAUGAAGACAGGUAAACAAGACAAAAAGAAGCAAAGUGACACUGGAUUCACAGCAAGCCAAUGGUGACCCAGAUCUGAUCUGAAAAUGGAUUUCUGACCAAUGCGAACACUGUGGAAUAUUAUUUCCCGAAAUACACCGUGGAAUAAUUACCUUUGCUUUAGAUAGUAUGCUUAGAAACGAAGGCCACACCCCCUCCAGCUCCUCCUCAGGGGGCUGAGCCAAUCAGCAGAGGUCAUGGGCCGACGGGCGGCUGAUGCGUCCAAUGCUGUGCCGGCGCUGGAGGUGCCUCUUGCUGGUGGGCGGGCCAUGCUGUCUCAGAAAUGGGGUCCUCUGUGCAGCGUUGGUGUCCAAACAUCGCCGGGCCUCCGCUCGCUUCCGUCAUUAAAGAGGAGGACGCAAGCGGUCAGUACGGCCAAUGGACCGACCGCAGAAACCAUGUCGCUGGACCGGAUGAGGCGUUGUGAGGUCAACGGCAGGCAUGUGGUCAAUGCGGCUUCCAGGAACGGACCGGACCGGGCGUCCCAGGAGAGCGAGGUGUACUGUCAAAUCAACACCGGCAAAGUCAAUCCGAACCAAUCAGGACUGAGAGGGAGUUUAAAACGAACCCCUCGGUAUGUUAACGGAAGUGUUGUUGCACCCGAGGUGGUGGGCGGAGUUUGUAGCGAGGGGGCGGAGUCUGAAGAAGCGAGACGGCAGAGUCAAACAAUAACACGUGAUUGUAGACGGGGUCAAUCACUGAAAGGGGAAGCGUCCAGGCCGUCCUUGCACUGCGGAAGUGUCGGCUCGUACACCACGCCCCCUCGGCCAUGCCGGAUGAUAACAUCAUCGCCCAAACUGUGCGCCAGCUGUGGGCGGAGACAGUCUCAAGCCCCGCCCUGCAUGGCGCCCGCUUGUCGCAAACGAGCCGCCAGUCAGGUUCAAGCGAGCAUGACGCUUCCGAUGCCGCCGAGGAAAUGCUGUUCACCUCGGCUGCAGAAACAAAACUCCACGGUGGCACAACCAACGUACGCCCAAAUUCCCAAUAACGUAAUGCACACACAAAAUACGACAACAUGCUCCACCCCCUCGCAAUCCAACAAAAAGGACGCACUCGCAAAAACAGAGUCAUCGACGCAGUCUGAAAAACCUAAAAAUGACUCGACGACGCACAAAACGCAACACACACAAACACGAGUCACACACACAACCAAAACAGAACCAACCGCACAAUGCGCAUCGCAAAAGACUAAGGACAAGUGUGCGACCACGCAAACGCACACAUCCGUAUCCGCCACAUCUAAACCGGUUGGUUGUGAGUCACAAGCCACGCCCACUCUUCCACCCAAGAAAGGCUCUCAGUUGCAGGUAAAAUCUAAACCAGCACCUCCAGAGCUUCUGAUUGGCUCAAGGGCGGAACCUAAACCGCAAACCCCGCCCCCUCCCUCAGAACCUAAAACUGAGACAGAAACGGACUCUAAAGACACCCACCCACCACCAACAGAUGAGAUCCCACAAUGCAACGGGGCACCUGGUGUUCUACACGGACUGCUGCAGAAUGUAGAGGAAAACCUGCUGUAUAAUCAGGAAAAGAUCAAAGUUCUUCUCAAUGUCAUCCAGGAUCUGGAGAGGAACAAGGCAAUGAGCGAAGGGCGUUGUUCGUACAGAACAGGUCAGGACAUCAACAACUGCUCAACCUGCCAGAAAACAGCCUGCAUUAUAUACAGUGUGGAGCACGACUUCCGUGUGCAAGAGGGACGAUUUCAAACCAUUCUGGAAGCCUUGGAUGAAGCGGAGUACGAUGUUCCCGCCCCCAUCCCAAAACCCGCCCACAUACGCCCACCAACCAAGAGCCGCGUCAAGAAACUGCGAAAGAAGUGUUUCUGGUGGCUGUAGAAAACCAUUGAGACCUUUUAUGGAAAAUUCCACCAGCAUCGCUGCUGUCAUGGAGAGCCAAACACUUGACUGGACAUAUGAAUACAUUCCAGCUUCCAAAAACAACUUUAUGAUGCAGGAUAAAGGAUUUGCUCUUACUGAACGGAUUAUACUUUGAAAUAAUUGUUACAGCGUGAUGAACUUUGCAAAGCCAAGGCUGAACCAAAAGCUCAUCUGACAUCCUGAAAACUUGAGGACAAUUUAAAACCCAAGGAGACCCACAAGACCUCGCGUCUAACCAGUCAAUAAAUCCACUUCAUAGUGUCUGACGGAGUCAAUAUCCCUCUUUACGCUGAUGGACAGAGCGUUACCCUGAUGGAGAUUCUCCGUCUCAUCUCCUCGUCACCAUUCUCUGACCUUUGUGUGCAGAUGGCUUUCGUCCCCGACUAAUGAAUGUCUAAAGCUCUGUUCCCAAACCAAGUCAUCUGCCUACCUACACAGCAUUUUAAGUAACCGGUAGUUGAGCUCCAGACAUGAAGGCCAUCUUAAAGAUGCAUAUAUCCUUAAUGGAAAAGGCAAUCGCAGAACGCAUCGUGACAAGAAUAAGCAUCCAAGUUGUAACACUUAUCAAUACUGACAUCUGCUUAAUGAAAUAAUCUAUUGGAAUCAAUCAGUCUCUUAUGAGCUUCUAUUUCAGUUAGAAUGCUGCCUGUGUAGACGGCAGGUUUCGGAAGAGAGUUUAAAUGUUUCAAAUAUUGAAGUUCAGAAUUCCAAAAGUUCCAAUGUUACAAUGUGAUUCUAGAAGCAAAAGCAGGAAAGAAAGUGUGACUGAAAGGGCCGUCCAUACUGAACACCAGGGCUUGACAUUAACUUUUUUGCUAACCAGCCACUGUGGCUAGUGGUUUUCCAAAGUUACUAGCCACUCAGCAUUUUCACUGGCCACAAUUUUGACAUCAAUAACAUGGGGAAAACAGGAAAACAGGCCUUAUAGAUAUAUUUAAUUUUAUCUCACGAUUUAGCAGCAGGUAUAUUAGGCUGCUGUCACUUUAAGACCUGAUGCACUGAUCCAUUAUACUGUUACACAUGCGUUUGGUUUCUCAACCGUUUACUUUCACUUAAAACAUAACUGACUGUGUUUACGUGAAUGCUCGCCAAGACCGGCAUUUUGACAUUAUUUUGUGUGUAUUUGACUGUUGAAGCACAAUAAGCAGCGAAAAAGAACUCAAUUUAGUGCCGUGAGGCGCUUUAUGUGCACACACUUUGGGUGUUUUCUGCAGGAAUGAGUAAAAUUAUGCACAAUAUGCACAAUCCCACAAUGAAAUUCAAGCCCUGUAACAGCAACAACAUUCAUCUGGAGCAAAACGAGUGAAUGAGGGGAGGCGGGUUUGUGUGUCGACUCACUGUCGGAGAGAUGAGAGAGCGAGAAAGCGCAGCUGGUAUCUUGUAUAUAUGCUGUGGAAAAUGAGCAUUGGAAGCAUUUCAAAAAUUUAAAGGGUUAGUUCACCCAAAAAUGAAAAUUCUGUCAUUUAUUACUCACCCUCAUGUCGUUCCACACCUUUAAGACCUUCGUUCAUCUUCGGAACACAAACUAAGAUAUUUUUGAUAAAAUCCGAUGGCUCAGUGAGGCCUCUAUUGCCAGCAAUAGAGGCCUCACUUUUGUUUCGAAUCAGUGGUUCAGAUCGCAUAUCAAACUGCCAAAGUCAUGUGAACUAUUGAAAUUUCGAAACACUUAUGAUGUAACGAAGCCUCGUUUACUGAAAUCACGUUACUUUGGUGCUCUGAACCACUGAUUCGAAGCAAAGAUUUGUAAAGCUUCAUGAAGCGGUGUUUGGAAACCGCCCAUCACUAGAUAUUGUUGAAAAGUCGUUAUUUUGUUGUUUUUUUGGUGCACAAAAAGUAUUCUCAUCGCUUCAUAACAUUAAGGUUGAACCACUGUACUCACAUGGACUGUUUUAAAUGUGUCUUUAGUAUCUUUCUGGGCAUCCUGCCUCGCUGCUCAGAUUGGGCUGCCUCGCUGCUCAGAUUGGUUUGCGUCUGUAACUCCGUAUAGCUUUGUUUUGAAUCUCUUACUUUUAUUCAUUGUUGCUUAUUUUUUUAUUACCGUAUAUGUAAUAUUGCCUACCACACUAAUCUGACGUCGCUAGCUUGUAAUAUUUGAAUCUAAAUCGCUGUUACAACGCAUUUGCAUUUGCAGCGCUAGCUUGUCAACUUGUUAACAGUCGCUCGCGCGCUCCUUUUUCAACGCGUUCUUCAAACAGCUGUGGUAAGUCGGAUCAGUCUACAAACACGGUGAGUCAUGUCAUCCUCUCCCAGCAUUGCUACCUGUUCCAUUUGCCACAUGUUUACCAUAGCUCUCUCUGUCAGUGAUGAGGGAUUUACAUGUCAUAAAUGUAGGGAAAUAGUCAGGCUGACAGAGAGAAUCUCAGAAUUAGAGACACGCAUCCAAACUUUAAUCGAGGAUAGUAAGAAUGCAAGGGCUUCAGAUACUGUUUUGGAUGCGACUAGCUUAGUGAACUCUGUACAUUGUUUGGUUCCGGCUGUAGAGCCCGUGCAGCAGGGCACUUGGGUAACGGUGAGGCGGCCUAGCCGCGAAAAACACCACUCUUCCGUUCCAAUAAGAACAUCAAACAGGUUCUCCCCACUCAGUGAUACACCCACUGAGAAUCCUGUUGAAAGUGCCCUAGUUAUUGGCGAUUCUAUUACACGGAACGUGAAAAUAGAGACACCAGCCACCAUAGUCACAUGUUUGCCGGGAGCCAGAGCACCUGACAUCAAAGCAAAUUUAAAAGUGCUGGCUAAUGCUAAUCGUAAAUACUCUAAGAUUAUUAUUCACGUCGGCACUAAUGAUGUUCGACUUCGCCAGUCGGAGAUCACUAAAAUUAACAUUAAAGAGGUGUGUGAACUCGCAAGUACAAUGUCAGGAGAAGUAAUUUGCUCUGGCCCCCUUCCUGUUCGUCGGAGUGAUGAGAUAGUUAGCAGAUUAUCAUCACUCAAUGGCUGGCUGUCUAAGUGGUGUCCGCAAAAUAAUAUAGGUUUCAUAGAUAAUUGGAAAAGUUUUUGGGGCAGACCUGACCUGUUAAAAAGAGAUGGUAUUCAUCCCUCCCGGGAUGGUGCUGCUCUUCUCUCUAGUAAUAUGGCACAUAGUCUUAGAACUGAAACAUGACAAACUGGGGCCCAGGUCAGAAAGCAGCAGACAAACUGGCUAAACCGACCGUCUGCUAGCUGCCUCACGUUACAGAAGUCAGAAAAUUCAGAUAACUCUCAACACAUAGAAACUCUUACACCUAGAUAUUUUCAAAUAGAGACUGUGUCUGUACCCCGAAUUAGUAAAAACAAAAAACUUCCAAACCCAUUUAAUGGUAAAAAUUUAAUUGAUGUUCAACAAAUAAAAAAUAGAGAUAAUAAUGCUAAACAAAUGAUAAAACUCGGGUUGUUAAAUAUUAGAUCCCUUUCUUCAAAAUCACUUAUUGUUAAUGAUAUUAUCAAAGAUAAUAAUCUAGAUGUGCUGUGUUUGACAGAAACUUGGCUAAAACCGGACGAUUACAUUACUUUAAAUGAGUCUAGCCCUCAAGGUUAUGAUUAUCGACACAAUGCCCGUCAGAAAGGCAAAGGGGGAGGUGUUGCUGUAAUCUAUAGUAAUAUUUACAGUAUUAGUCAGAAGUCUUUCAAAUAUAAUUCCUUCGAAACUAUGGUACUUUACGUAACAUUAUGUAAGUUGACAUUUGUGCUGGCUACUGUAUACAGGCCACCAGGACACAAUACAGACUUUAUCAAAGAAUUUGCUGACUUUCUAUCAGAGUUAGUACUAGCUGUAGGUAAAGUCCUUGUUGUUGGUGAUUUUAAUAUUCAUGUAGAUAAUAAAAAAGACGCAUUAGGAUUGGCAUUUGCAGAUAUUCUAAACUCUAUUGGUGUUAGACAACAUGUGUCAGGACCCACUCAUUGUCAUAAUCAUACUUUAGAUCUAAUAUUGUCACAUGGAAUCGAUAUUGAUGCUGUUGAAAUUCUGCAGCAGAGUGACGACAUCUCAGAUCAUUAUCUAGUCUCGUGUAUACUACAUUUAGUCAAGGCGGCUAAACUGCCUCCAUGCCAUAAAUAUGGUAGAACCAUCACUUCUACCACUAAAGAUUGCUUUAUAAAUAAUCUUCCUGAUCAUUUUCAUCGCCUUAGCAUACCAGACAGCUUAGAAGACCUCGAUGUUGCAACAGAAACUAUUGCCUCUGUCUUUUCCAGCACAUUAGACUCAGUUGCUCCUUUGCGUUUAAAAAAGAUUAAGGAAAUUAAUCCAAUGCCAUGGUACAAUGACCACACUCGGGCCCUAAAGUUAGCAGCCAGAAAAAUGGAGCGCAGCUGGAAGAAAUCAAAACUAGAAGUAUUUCGUAUUUCGUGGAGAGAGAGAAUGAUUGAGUACAGAAAGGCCUUAAAAUCUGCUAGAUCUGCCUAUUUUUCAAAACUCUUAGAAGAAAAUAAACACAACCCUAGGUAUUUAUUUGAUACAGUGGCUAAAUUAACAAGAAAUAAAGCUUCAACUUCUGAUGUUUCCAAAGAGCACAGCAGUAAUGACUUUAUGAACUUCUUUACUUGCAAGAUUGAUAAUAUUAGAGAAAAAAUAAUAACCAUGCAACCGUCUACUACAGUAUCGUGUCAGAUAGUGCAUUGUAGUGUCCCUGAGGAAAAAUUCAAUUCAUUUACUGCUUUAGGAGAGGAAGAAUUGUCUAAACUUGUUAAAUCAUCAAAAUCAACAACAUGUAUGUUAGACCCUAUACCGACUAAGCUAUUGAAAGAAAUGCUUCCAGAGGUCAUAGACCCUCUUCUCAAUAUCGUCAAUUCAUCUUUAUCAUUAGGAUACGUACCAAAAACUUUUAAGCUGGCUAUUAUUAAACCACUUAUUAAAAAACCACAACUUGAUCCUAGAGAAUUAGUCAAUUACAGGCCGAUCUCAAAUCUCACUUUUCUGUCAAAAAUACUAGAAAAGGCAGUAUCAUCACAGCUAUGUUCCUUUUUAGAAAGAAAUGGUAUCUGUGAGGAUUUCCAGUCAGGAUUUAGACCGUACCAUAGUACUGAGACUGCUCUCAUUAGAGUUACUAAUGAUUUGCUCUUAUCAUCAGAUCGUGGUUGUAUCUCUCUAUUAGUGUUACUGGAUCUUAGUGCAGCAUUUGACACUAUUGAUCACAAUAUUCUUUUAAAUAGACUCGAAAAUUAUGUUGGCAUUAGUGGAAUUGCAUUGUCAUGGUUCAAAUCAUACUUAUCUGACCGUUAUCAGUUUGUAGUAGUAAACGAAGACAUGUCAUAUCGAUCACAAGUUCAAUAUGGAGUACCACAAGGCUCAGUACUAGGACCGUUACUGUUCACUCUGUACAUGCUACCCUUGGGAGAUAUCAUUAGGAAGCAUGGCGUUAGUUUUCACUGUUACGCUGAUGAUACUCAGCUCUAUAUUUCUUCGCGCCCUGACGAAACUUACCAAUUCACAAAAUUAACGGAGUGCAUAGCUGAUAUAAAAAUUUGGAUGACCAGUAAUUUCCUACUACUAAAUUCAGAAAAAACAGAGAUUCUAAUUUUUGGACCAAAAACUUCUUCACGUAAUAACCUAGAAUAUUGUCUAACACUUGAUGGCUGCUCUGUUAAGUCUUCGUCGUCAGUUAGGAACCUAGGUGUGCUCUUUGAUACCAAUCUUUCAUUUGAAGGCCAUGUUACUAGCAUCUGUAAAACCGCAUUCUUCCAUCUUAAAAAUAUAUCUAAACUACGACAUAUGCUCUCAAUGAAAAAUGCAGAACAGUUAGUUCAUGCGUUCAUGACCUCAAGGCUAGAUUACUGUAACGCUCUACUGGGUGGUUGUUCUGCUCGCCUGAUAAAUAAACUACAGCUCGUACAAAAUGCAGCAGCUAGAGUUCUUACUAGAACCAGGAAGUAUGACCAUAUUAGCCCAGUUCUGUCAACACUGCAUUGGCUUCCUGUUAAACAUCGUAUAGAUUUUAAAAUCUUGCUAAUUACUUACAAAGCACUAAAUGGUUUAGCUCCCCAGUACCUGAGCGAGCUCCUAAUUCAUUAUAGUCCUUCACGUCUAUUGCGAUCUCAGAAUUCAGGCCAGCUGAUAAUACCUAGAAUAUCAAAAUCAACUGCAGGUGGUAGAUCCUUCUCCUAUUUGGCACCUAAACUCUGGAACAAUCUUCCUAGCAUUGUUCGGGAAGCAGACACACUCUGUCAGUUUAAAUCUAGACUAAAAACGCAUCUCUUUAACCUGGCAUACACAUAACACAUUACCAAUUUAUAUUUCCAAAUCCGUUAAAGGAUUAUUAGGCUGCAUAAAUUAGGUCAGCCGGAACCGGGAACACUUCCUAUAACACCUGAUGUACUCGUUACAUCAGAAGAAGAAUGGCAUCUACGCUAAUAUUAGUCUUUCUGUUUAUCCCGAGGUUCACCGUAGUCAACCGGAUCUGGGCCGUAUCCAGGUGAGACCAAGGACCUGCACCUUGACACGACCACAACGCAGCCCUGAAGUAUCAGCAGAGAUUGAGUCAACUAGAUCAUCCCCUGUGAAGGCCUCAUCGACACGACAGCCACGACACAGUUCCUCAACAACCGUCCAUACCGGCGUGAUGAAUACGAUCCUCAAUUGGAUGGAACUGAAAUAAAUACUUUUAAUGUUGCGAUCCUAUUGGACUUAUGAUAGCAACCUGAAUUGUAACAAAGCACUGUUGGCCAGAGGAGAACUGGCACCCCGACUAAGCCUGGUUUCUCCCAAGGUUUUUUUCUCCAUUUUAACACCAAUUUGCCACUUGUCUGCCACCUGAUGUCACCUGAUGGAGUUUGGGUUCCUUGCCGCUGUCGCCUCUGGCUUGCUUAGUUGGGGACACUUGACUUGACAUUUUGAUAUUCAACAGUGCUUUUGAUCUGCCUGCAUUGACACUAUUCUUUAAGAGCUGCUGUGCAGCCAAAUAAUGUACCAGUUAUCAAUGUAAAGCUGCUUUGACACAAUCUACAUUGUAAAAAGCGCUAUAUAAAUAAAGGUGACUUGACUUGA